AAAAAUAUUAAGUAUACGGAAUGUUCCCUCAUUUUUAUUAUAUAAAAAAUAAGUAAUACGUGUAGUAGUUUAGGAUUCUCAUCACAAAGUUAACAAUGUUGGUUGCUAAUUGUGUACGAGGAAUACGGGUUACUAACAUUAAUGUUCGCCAAAUAAGAACAUUAGCCCCCGAAACAUAUACGUUGAUCAAGGAUUCUGCUAAAUUCCUUAUAAACACAGCUGAACGCCAUAUUUUUGGACCAUCAGCAGAGGAGAUUGUCCGGGAUGUUGACUUGAGAGAUAAGAAUUGUCUGGUCACUGGCGCCAAUAGUGGUCUCGGACUUGAGAUGACUCGCUGCCUCAACGCGCAAGAUGCCCACGUUUAUAUGGCUUGUAGAAACACGUACGCGGCCGAUAUCGCCAGCAAGAAAGUCUGUAAGAACUUGGAUCGGUUGAGUAUAGGAGAAGUAAACUUAGCUUCUCUUUUAUCUGUAAAGAAGUUUACGAUCGGCUACUGGCAGAAAACAAAAAAUUCGACAUUGUAAUUGUAAAUGCCGGUGUUUUUGGAAUCCCACGGACAAUCACGGAAGACGGAUUGGAAACAAUAUUUCAAGUCAAUUAUUUGAGUCAAAUAUACAUGCUCAUGAACAUUGAGAAACUCUUAGCUCCUAAUGCCCGCGUAGUGUUUCUGACCUCAGAAUCUCACAGGUACGUGAACUGGCCUUUAGAGAAAAGGUUAAUGCCGACCGAGGAGAUGCUUUCAUUACCAGAGCAUGAUUACACAUCAAUCAAGGCUUUCAACGUGUCCAAGCUGUGCUGCAUCUUCGCCAUGCACUACCUCGGCUACCGGUGGAUGAACGCGGGCCGGGGCGUGUUCAGUGCGACCCCCGGCUCCUUUAUUAGAACAAAACUGUGCAGCAAUUGGUGGGUCUAUGAAUUGCUGUAUUUGAGCAUGCAGCCGUUCAACAAGUCUAUUUCCCAAGCCGCCGCCACGCCCUUGUACUGCGCAACCUCGCCCGAGCUGGAAGGGACGACAGCCGCGCACUUCAAGAACUGCAAGCGUUGCGAGGAGAGCGAGCUGGCGCUCGACUCCCACCUCUCCUUCCGACUGUUCGACAUGUCGAUGCGCAUGAUCGAGGAGCGCGUGCGCCACUUCGACAGCCCACUGCUCGAGGCCACGGAACCUAAGCCGGAGCACACUGAAAAAGAGCCUAAGGAACCUAUCGAGGAUGAACUCAUGUCUAGCUGCUCAGGUUAAAACAUUUAGAUUAAUAGGCGUACGAAGCAGCGGGACUGACUGCAAUGAGGUUGAUAUUUUUUGCUUCUGUUUUUAUUUUGACGGUUUGAGACUAGCGUUUUUCUGCGCGUGUUCUUUUGGCGUUACUCGCGAGCUAAGUACCUUUAUUUUGGUAUUCAGCUCGGUCCUAUUGGUACGCAUUGCCACAAAUCUUAUGGGUGCGUAUAAAACGCUAGUCUGAAACAGACCUUAUACACCUCAUACAUUAGUUCUGUGUAUUACGUAGGGAACUUUUAAGUCGUUCUAUAAAUAAAUUAGUACGUGAUU